AACAUAAAUAAUGAUAGAGGAAGUCAUACAGGAAGUCUGAGGCAAUGAGCGAUUAGUAGUGUAGCACUUAUUCUGUAAUAUAAGUGUAUAAUAUAAGAUAUUAUGCCAUAAAAAUAGGAUGAUAUUCGUUUCUUUUGAAACAGUAUGAUAUUCACUUGGAGAUAAAGAAGAUAGCGUAGAAGAAAAUGCCAUUAUUUAUACAGAACCGAAGAAUUGACCAGUUCAACUCGACAGGGGAACUGUUCGACAAAUAUCAUCAUUUAAAGGAGAGUGCCAGAACGUUUCGCUCCAAGCCACCUGCUAACGUUGACCCCAAGUGCCUUUUGUAUGUCCAACAAAGAGAGUUUGCUGCAACAACACCAGCAGACAAAUGGGUGUCAGUUAUUGGCUCUGAUGAUGCCACCACCUGCCAUUUGGUUGUGCUACGACAUACAGGGAGUGGAGCUGUCUGUCUCGCUCACUGUGAUGGUUCCAGCACUUGGUCUGAAGUACUAUUACUUAUGAAAUCUGUUGCAUCCUUAAGUAAUGCCAAUGAAGAGGGCAGACUUGAGGUUCAUCUUGUUGGUGGAUUUAAUGAUGAGUCAAAGACAUCUCAUAAACUCAGCCUUAAUAUACUGGCUGCCUUUCAUAAACAGAAAGAGGAUAUUCAUCUGGAAACAUGUUGCAUCACAGAAAUGAAUGACGUUGUUGUUGAUGGAACUCACAGACCUAUAGUAUAUGGAAUAGGUGUUGAUGUCAAAAAAGGCGACGUGUUUCCUGCGUCAUUCUCCUAUAAAGGACCUGCAGAAGAGCUACGGUCAGCACGAACUUUUACUGGUGGACAGAUGGCUGACAUAUAUGACUCAAGUCAGGGAUAUGUAAAAAUUGGACCCUGCAAGUGGUCUCCAAAUUUGGAUAUUGCCAUCUGGUUAUCACAAGAUGAUGACACAAUAUUAAAGUACCUGUCCACCUCCCCUAUGGCUGAGCCACCAUACUUUGUCCAGCACAUGAAGUCCACCAUCCAGUUCAUCUUACAGCACCCGAGCACUGACAGCCUGUUUCCUGCAGGGCAGCCACAGCUCUACCACAGGACCGAGAGGGGGGAAUGGGAGAGGGUUGUCUAAUAAUUUGUUUUCAAAGAACCUUACUUGGAAUCUGUCUCGUUUUGCCUCUCGGCUCAGUGGAUACACUGUGACCCUUUUAUCCAAACCUUGUUUUAUGUUCCAUGUGUCUUAACUAGCAGGUGACCAAAGUCUGGUCCAUACAGUAUGUGCGAUAAAUGGCUCUCCUCACACAGUUGGCUGGUCCAUUAAGGAGAGUAGAGGAAGUGAUUUUGACUUUGCCUCUAAUUGUAACUCCAUGUCAUAACAUUGUAAAAAUCUUCUGUCACAAUUUCUUUAGUAUUUAAAUUACAUCAGUUAAGUUGACACACAAUAAAAAUCAACUGGCAUAUAUUUUCCUGUUCAGCUGCUGACAAACUUUAAACGAACAUGGGAAUUAUGAACUAAACAAAAGGCUAAAAUCUUAAAAUACCAACAAUCUGAUCCUGAAAUAUAGAUAUUGAAAGAAGAACUACAGACAAUAUUGUUCUUUUUGCACCUUGUUGACAACAGCAAAAAAAAGAAUAUCUCUGUAUUGCUGAGCAAAGUUUGUCAUAAAUCAACUCAUUCUGAUAGGAUGGUAACAUAACAUCUUUGCUUUGAAUGUCUCAUAAAUGCAUGUGUUUAAGAACCUUCUGAGUGACACUCCCAGUUUUGUCUUUUUUGAAAAAUCCAAACAGUAUUAUCUGCUACUUUUCAAGCCUUUUGUUUGUGGUGUCCAUGGAGUUGCAAGGUGCUUGAGUGCAACUUCAUACUAAUGUAAUUGUUGCAAAAUAAAUAUAACUGCACGUGUA